UCAAACACGUAAGACGUAAACAGUCAAGAAGUGUUGAUACUGUUCAUGUGAUAUGAUUGAGAAAAUAAAAUCUGCAUCAAAUGAAAUAUUUUCAUAAAAGGCAACUUCAUUAUUGAAUAUUAAUGACAAAACCACUAUGGCAAAACAAUAUGGCCUUAUCAUUCCCAACAAAAAUAAAACCCACACAAUUGGCCAAGUCAGCUCUGCUAAACCCUCAAUUUUCAAUGAAGAUUCAGACUCUGAUACGCCCAAAGCUCCUGUAUCAGGUAUUGCCAAAAAUCUGAAGAAGCAAGACAAACUGAACCAAGCAAAAGCAGCUCAAGAAGACCCCACUGUCUUCCAAUAUGAUGAAGUCUAUGAUGAAAUGGAGCAGAAGCGAAAAGAGUCUAAACUAGCCAGAAAAGAUUUGGACAGGAAACCUAAAUAUAUCAGUAGACUCCUAGCAGCUGCUGAAAAAAGGAAAAGAGAAAAUGAGAGAAGGAUUGAGAGGCAAGUGCAGAAGGAAAGGGAAGAAGAGGGGGACAUGUAUAAAGAUAAGGAAUCUUUCAUAACAUCAGCUUAUAAGAAGAAACUGGAAGAAAUGAAGGAAUUGGAGGAACAGGAACAGAGAGAAGAAUACCUGGAGAGCAUAGGAGAUGUGAAGAAGCAAGGAAACUUGGAUGGUUUCUACAGACAUUUAUAUGAUCAGAAAUUGAACUAUGAAGAAAAAAGCCAUGAUGCUGAAGAGAAAAAGCAAGAAGUUAAAGAGGAACCCAAAAGUGAGGAGGAAAAUAAAAAAUCCACCACACUGCAGGACAGUGUUUCUGACAGUCAAUCUGAAGAUGAGGAUAGAGUUAAAUGGAAAAGGGAUGCAAGGAAACGAAAAUACAGAAAGCACAGAGAUUCUGAUGAAGAAGAACCUGAAGUGAAAAAGGAACAUCUGCCUUCUAAUUUGGAUGCUGAUUCAGACUUCAGCAUAGAUUCCUCAGACAGUGAAGAUGAGAACAGUAAGAAAGAAAAACAGGAAAGCACUAAUGGGGAUAAAGAAAGUAAACCAAAGGAGGUUCUUGAACCAAAUACUGAAACUGAAAAGGAGAAAAAAUCUGAGGAAAAAACUGAGGUUAAAAAAGAAGAAAAAUCAGAAAAGGACAAGGAAGUGAAAGUAAAGAAACCUAAAAUUGAUAUUUGGAAAAAGAGGACAGUGGGUGAGAAGUUUGAUGAAGCAGUCAAGAGAUAUUUUGAAAGGAAGGCACUAAGAGAAAUGGGUCAAUAAAUGUGCCUCAUCUGAUAUCUAGUUUUUUUUUUUUCAUUAUAAAUACCCCUAAAUAUAUUCACUUCACUGCUUUUUAGUUCAAACCAGAGGUAUAUAGGGUAAUAGUACUUAUAUUAUUCUAGUGAAAAGGUAAUGUAAUUGGUCAAAUAAUAAUCCUAUGUAUAAUUAUAGGUUUCACAAAAAAGAAAAAAGAACAUAUUGUAAUAUCUCAUUAACUAAAUACAAGAAAAAAAAUGAUUAUGUUACUAGUGAUUCCAAGCACUUGAAUGAUCAUAUUCUAAGAGGAAUCUAAAGUGAGAGACACUCAUUUUUGCCUGUAUAAAAAUAAUGAAAGCAAAAUACAUGCCAUUUUAUGUUUUCAAAUCAACAGAUGCAUUUUCACUUUUCAGUAUCUGAGAAAAUAUAUAGAGAGCAACU